CUGACUCUCUCUCUCUGUCUCAGACCUUCACACUCCCAAUCCCAAUAGAGCAACAAUGGAGAAGAACCAAAACAAAGAAGAAGAAGUAGAAGAAGAGCAGCAGGUUGUGAAUCCAUGGAAGGUUGAGGCCAAGGAAGGCGGCAAAAUCGACUACGACAAGCUCAUCGACCAGUUCGGCUGCCAGAGAAUCGAUCCCUCUCUCGUCGACCGCGUCCGCCGCCUCACCUCGCGCCCUCCCCACGUAUUCCUCCGCCGCGACGUCUUCUUCGCCCACCGGGACUUGAAUGAGAUUUUGGACGCGUAUGAAAGAGGAGAGAAGUUUUAUCUCUACACUGGGAGAGGGCCGUCCUCUGAGGCCUUGCAUUUAGGGCACUUGAUUCCGUUCAUGUUCACGAAAUAUCUGCAGGAUGCCUUUAAGGUCCCGCUCGUGAUACAGCUUACCGAUGAUGAGAAGUGUAUGUGGAAGAAUAUCAGCGUUGAAGAGAGCCAGAGGCUUGCGAGGGAAAAUGCCAAGGACAUCAUUGCUUGUGGGUUUGAUGUGACUAAAACUUUCAUUUUCUCGGAUUUCGACUAUGUUGGUGGUGCAUUCUACAAAAACAUGGUGAAGGUUGGAAAAUGUGUCACUUAUAAUAAGGUUGUUGGCAUCUUUGGUUUUACUGGUGAAGACCAUAUCGGGAAAGUCAGUUUUCCUCCUGUACAGGCAGUGCCAUCAUUUCCAAGUUCAUUUCCUCACCUGUUUUCUGGCAAAGAUAAUCUCCGCUGUUUGAUACCCUGUGCCAUUGACCAGGAUCCUUAUUUCAGGAUGACCCGGGAUGUUGCUCCACGGCUUGGAUAUAACAAGCCUGCUCUUAUUGAAUCUUUAUUCUUCCCUGCCCUCCAGGGAGAAACAGGAAAGAUGUCAGCAAGCGACCCAAAUUCAGCCAUUUACGUCACUGAUUCCGCAAAGGAUAUCAAGAGCAAGAUAAACAAGUUUGCUUUCUCUGGAGGACGGGAUACAAUAGAGAAGCACAGAGAGUUGGGAGCAGAUCUCGAGGUAGACAUACCUUAUAAAUACCUGAAAUUUUUUCUGGAUGAUGACACCGAGCUUGCUCAUAUAGCAAAGGAGUAUGGUGCAGGCCGAAUGUUGACGGGUGAAGUGAAGCAGAGGCUCAUUCAAGUUUUGACAGAAAUUGUGGAGAGACAUUGUAGGGCAAGAGCUGCAGUCACUGAUGAGAUGGUUGACGCAUUCAUGGCAGUGAGGCCGCUCCCAAGCAUGUUCGAAUAAAGCUGAGGACAAUAUACUACUCACAAUCCUUGGUUGAAGACUUUGUCUGGUGAUACUAUUACAGUCUUUUAGGUUUAGAUGGCAUUUAUUUCAGACAACUAUAUUCUUGUAAGUUAGCGAAACUGAAUGCAAGAUGAACAAGGUUAACUUUGCAUGACUGAUUCAGCAGUGAACCCCUUUCACCCAAUAGUGAUUUCAAACAAGAUUGUUUCCUUUUAAAGAAGUAAAUCUGAC